AUGGCCGAGGAGCAGAAGCCCGCCACCAACGUGGCCGCCGAGCAGGAUGUGCAGAACGUCCUCGCUGAGCUGAAGGAGAAUGGUGCAUCCACCGAGGCGGAAAAGACCGACAAGACCGAUGCCGAGGAGGCUCGCAUUGUCGCGGAAGCCGCAAAGCUGGGUGAGAAGUCAGAGCAAUCUGAGGAGAAGCCCCAGCAGCAAAACGACUCGCGCCCGCAGCGCAGCGGUCGCUUCACUCGCGCCAACAACGCCAAGUUCGACCCGUCUUCGCAGAAGGAGACUGACGACCCAGUGGAGAUCCGCAAGCAGGUUGAAUUCUACUUCUCUGAUUCCAACCUGCCCAUGGACAAGUUCCUGCUUGGCAAGGUUGGCGGCAGCGCCAACAACGCCGUGCCCCUGGAUCUCCUCCACUCCUUCAAGCGCAUGCGUCGCUUCCAGCCGUUCGAGGCCAUCGUCAAGGCCCUCAAGGACUCGGAGACCCUGGAAUUGACCGAGAAUGACACCGCCGUGAAGCGCAAGGUUCCCCUACCCGAGUCUAUCAACCUCGACAACAACGCCGAGGCGGUCAAGGUCUUCGAGGACAAGGCUAUGGCCCGGAGCAUCUACGCCAAGGGCUUCGGCAAGUUUGGCGAGGAGGAGCCCACCACUCAGCUCGACAUCGAGGCAUUCUUUGAGCCUUACGGUCCUAUCAAGGCCGUUCGCCUACGCCGCACUCAGGACAAGACCUUCAAGGCCAGCGUUUUCGUCGAGUUUGCCGACGAAGAGAAGCAGAAGGCUUUCUUGGAGCUUGCUGAAAAGCCCAAGUGGAAGGGUGAAGACCUGAUCAUCAAGAGCAAGAAGGAGUACUGCGCCGAGAAGGUCGCUGACAUCAAGGCUGGCAAGGUCUUUGCCAACACCGGCCGUGGUGGGCGCCCCGGUCGCGGUGGACGUGGUCGUGGUGGUCGCGGUGGCCGUGGUGGCCGUGGAGGCCGUGACCGCGAGGACAAGCGCGACUGGCGGGAGCGCCGUAACGAGGAUCAACAGAGCGGGUUCAAGAAGGACGCCCGAGGUGUACCCGUCAUCCAAGCGACCGGCACCGGUGAGAAGCGCGCCCGUGAGGAUGAGUCCAACGGUGACCAUCCUGCCAAGAAGGUGGAUGCUAAGGAGUAA